UCUGACAGACCGUAAAUCGAAUUGCUGAGACUGCGAAAAAGCAAAGGGACUCUUUGAAGGGGGAACUCAACACAAUAGCUUCAGCAACUUCUCAAGAAAGAGAAGAAAACGUUUCAAGGAGGUGAACAGGAAACUGAGCAGCAGAGCAGAGCUGCACAAUAACAGAGCUGCUGCUGCCGCAGGUCAUGAUGCAGCUUUGAGAACGACGCCACCAUGCAGGCCACCAUGAGUUUCAACGGACUCCAGCCUCAGAGCAGCCAGGACAGUUCCAUCCUGGAUAACAGCCUGAGGAAGAAAGCUUCCCUGUGGUACCAGCGCUCACUGAGGGGGAACCUUGAUCGACAYCGACAGACCACUGGCUCUCUGCCCAGAGUCUGCAAGCCCAAGCUAACCCACACCACCUCACUGGUUGAUUACAUGGACCCACAAAGGAUCACAAUUGUUCUGGAAAAGCAAGACAAUGAACUAUUUGGUUUUGACAUUCAUACGUACGGGGUGCAGCAGAAAAGCAGCUCUGCAGUGGAGAUGUGCACCUACGUGUGCAAGGUGAAGGAGGCCAGUGUAGCUGAGAGCGCUGGGCUGACCGCAGGCGAUGUUAUAAUCUCUGUGAACGGGGUCAGCAUCGAAGGACUGUCCCAUGAGAACGUACUGAAUCUGAUAAGCGAAUCGAGCAACAAUCUAAAGAUGGAGACUGUGUGUGUGAAUGUAGUGAAAAAGAUAGAAAUGGAGAAGAGGCUGAACCAACUUCAGCAAUCAUUUCGUGAGAAAUGGAUGGAGCUUCAAGAGCUAACGAUACAGGAAAAGCGUUUAAUGCGAGGUAAUCUAAACGACAGCAGUCUGGACCUGUUGACGGAGUCUUUAGCUGCUCUGAGCUCCCCCGUCGGCUGUCGUGGUCGCCGCUUCUCCAGCGACAGCAGCUACAGGAGUGGGACGACCGACGACAGCGACCAGGCCAGCGUGUUCGGGGAUCUGGGCUCGCCCGGUCCCUUCAGCGCGGCCAGCGCCACAGACGAACGCUGCUUCUUCUCCAGAGACUUCCUCCUGCAGGACAACGCGUCCAAGAGGGGCUCACCGAACUCCAGCCUGCACCACCAGCCGCUCAGCCGCUCCAGCAGCUCCAGCUUGGCCGGCAGCAGCAGCUCUCUGUCUCCAUCCUGGGAGGAAACGAGGAUCUCGGCCUUGUUUGGGACUUUGCCAAGGAAAGGCAAGAGAGCCAGUGUGCGCAAACAUAUCCUGAAGUUAAUUCCUGCACUCCAGCGAUCAGUGGAGGAGGAGGAGAUGGGAACCCACUGAGUGACAAGUUCAUGAGCUCUUUAGGAGCAAAAACAGACACUCUAAUGGAAGACCCAGCAUUCCUUGACGGAAUGCACAUUGCCCGCUGCUUGCAUACAAACAUUUCAAACAAAGAUCUUGAAUGAUUUGUUUGUGCUCAUAUGAAUUCUGUUGGGGGAUGACUCUCAGCUGCUACCACACCAAAUCUUAACAGUAUACAAAAACUGCACAAGGUAUACAUUUUUUUUUGAAAACACACAAACAGAUGUAAUUAUUGAUCACCCACUUUUUAUGGCAGCGGGCAAAACCAAAGACUUGAGUUUGAGUUAACCCUUUUUUGUGAAACCGGACUACUUUUGUAAAUGUUUACUUCAAUGCUUUCUGAGCCUGCUUGGGUUAAAAUGACAGCGGAAAAGCAUUACAACAUGAAUGUGCACAGCAUGAAAGUACACAUGACACACUGUAAUGUACAACAAAUACAUUUAUGUAUCCUACUAACUUGAAUUAAGAAURUUUCUGAACCAAAAAUCCCAAUGUUAGUAGCAUUAACCAGCGAAGAUUGAGUUUCAGAGGUUGGCUUCAUGUAGCACGUGAAAUUUUGAUACUGUGACCUGAAGUAUGCAGGAAUCACUGAAUGACAUUAAGAUUUGAGCAGAACUUAUACUGUCAGGUGCUCAAAACCAAAACCAGAUCUCUAAACCAUCUGCAUAUAUAUAUUGUACGUCUGCCUGAUUCAAAACAGGAUGUGGGCAAGACAGUUUUUUCAUAACCAACUUGACUUGGAGUCUUUGUAAAUUACAACUCACUUUUGGUGCAGAGAGAGACUGAAACAGUUUGUGGAUGGAAAAAGACAUCUUGCAAUGAUUCUGCUUUUGAUUCAUGCUUUAUCUUUUGCAAUCAAAUCAGGACGAUGUUUAUUUGUGAGAAAAAGCAUUUAUCCAAAUAAAUGUAGUUUUUUUAUGUACA